AUGGCUCAAUACACUGUUGAUACCACAGAGAGAGUUUAUACUUAUACUGAUCUAAACAUUAAGAAUGAAUAUUUAGAUGAGCCCAAGGUAUUCCUAAUUAAAGCAGCUGAUCUAGAAAAUAAAUUCGCUGAAUAUAAUUUAGGUAUUACAUACUUAAGUAGAAUUUACAGUGAGGUAAAUAGAGAUUUAGCCAUGGAAUAUUUAAUGCUAGCCACUGGAAAGGAAUAUAUUAAAGAUCAUAAGUUGGCUAAGUAUUAUUUAAUUAAAUCUGCAUAUAAAGGAAAUAGUGAAGUGAUAUAUAUAUCGAAUCAAUAUGGUUGGAUACAACAAAUUAAAUCUAUUAAACAUAAAAAUAGACCGUUUCUUCCAUUCUUUCGAGAAGAUUCAAGCAUAUUUUACGAAAAAUGGGAUAGAUUAUUGAAUAAUAAUCAAUAG